AUGCUCGGCAUUCUUUGUAGGCAACGUGAGGGAUUAGGGACAGAGCAGGGUUUAUUGGGGCUGUGAGCUGAGCUCCAGCAGCACCCUGGCUGUCAUGUAAUGAUGGGCCAUGGCUGUUCCUCCCAUGGGUCCAGGGCACGUUUCCACACCAAUCUCCCCGAUGUUGAUGUCUAUAAUUGUAUUGCGUCAUUAUCUCUCUGAUGUAGCUUGUCAGCGUGAAUUCCUAAUUACCUGGGUUUUUUUGCCACCGCUCCCUUUCCUGAUGCCCCAGGCCCUUGGGGAGAUGUAUAAAAGGCCCAAAGGUUUCACAGAGCUCUAUCCACCUUCCACUGCUUGACUCGCCUUGUCAACUUGCUUUGCCAGCCGAGCCGAAGGAUGUCCUGCUCCAGCCUGUGUGUCCCCAGCUGCGGGGUGGCCACCCCGGCCCCUCUGGCUGACACCUGCAACGAGCCCUGCGUGCGGCAGUGCCCCGACUCCACGGUGGUCAUCCAGCCCCCGGCCUCGGUGGUCACCUUCCCUGGGCCCAUCCUCAGCUCCUUCCCGCAGCAGAGCGCCGUGGGCUCGGCCGGAGCUCCCUACGUGGGAGCCGGCUCCGGGGGCGCCUUUGGAAGCCGUGCGGGCUACGGGGCCCUUGGGGGCUAUGGAGGUUAUGGAGGCUGGGGCUAUGGAAGCCGUGGUGGCUACGGGGGUUGGGGCUAUGGAGGCCGUGGGGGCUACGGGGGCUGGGGUUGUGGAGGCUGGGGCUAUGGAGGCCUUGGGGGCUAUGGGGGCUAUGGGAGCUGUGGCUACGGCGGCUGGAGCAGUGGCCACCGCUACCUGAAUGGCAACUGCUGGCCCUGCUAA